CUCCUGACUGUUGUUUUAAGACACACUUGAAAAACUGUGAAUCACAACUUUUCUUCAGUUCUAGUGAAAAAAGAUCACAAAGAUACUAAAUCUGUCUGGCUGAAUUUUGGGGGAAAAUGAUGAUGCACAAGACCUGUAGAGGAAUUUCACCUGAUGGAUCAGUGCAGCUAAUAAUAAAUAAACAGCAGAACAGAACCAGACGACCCGGGCCGGGCUGAAACUCUCACCUCUCUGUUUACAAGAAGAACAAGUGCCAACACCGGACUCAUUUUCCACAGAGAUAUCAGUUCACAACAGGUCGAUCAGGUUUCACUGCUGCGGGCAGUGCCAUAGGUAUUCUGAAGCAAACUGCACGCUGGGACGCUGUAAAUGUUGAGCUGUUCUCAGUUGGGUAAACUCUCCUCCUCCAUCAGUCGGUGUGACUUCAUUUUGUCACCGUGUGGUUCCACUCUGUUUCACCAAUGCCUCGAUGGAAAGCCUUCUUCAGUCAGUACUUGCGAUGGUCGAGCACUGUCACUCAAGCCCUCAUCCUUGCCGUCAUCACAUUUUGCGUUGUUCUACCUCUUUGCUGCCAUCGGCUGCUUUAUUCUUACUUCUUCAUCAAGUCCAUGUACCUGGACUCCAUGAGUGAGGAGGUCCUGCGGGAAAGCCUCGACCGAGGUCAGGACGCCCUGCACUUCUGGCAGAGCACUUCCACUGCGGUGGCCUCCAGAUUCAGCGACAUCGCCCAGCAUCCUGAGCUGCUGGUUACCGUGGUGACAGCCCAGCGGAGUGAGGGGCGGGACUUCCACUACCUGCUCCAGGUGAUGCGGCAGCUGAACGGCCUCUUGGGAAGCUGCGGGGAGCGGCGGUGCGCAGAGGUGCUGGUCUGCGACGUGGAAAGCGGCCCACAUGAAAACCAGGACGCCAAGCUGUUGGAGCGACACUUCCGGGUGAUCCGGCGAUCCCCUCGGGAGCAGCAGAGGAACAGGGAACGGGUCAACACCUUCGAGAGGGAGAAGAGGGAUUAUGUCUUUUGCCUGCAGAAAGGACAGGAGCUGGUGAAGCCCAAAAACAUGGUUGUCCUGGAGGACGAUGCUUUGCCUAGAGGGGACUUUUUUGCGGUUAUAAAGGACUUGCUGUCACGUCGGUUUUCCCUCCAGACUCUUUACAUCAAGUUGUAUCACCCUGAAAGACUUCAGCGCUACUGGAACCCUGAACCCUACCGCAUCCUGGAGUGGGUGGGACUCGGGCUGGUCGGAGCGACGGCCCUCCUCCUCACCUUUCCUUAUUGGAAUCCUUGUUCUUUCUCCUUCACGCUGUCGACCAGCCACCUUCUCUUCUUCACCCUCUACUUCAUGGCUGUUGCCGAGCUGGUGGGGCGGCACUACCUCCUGGAGGUGCGGAGACUUUCCCCGCAGCUCUACGCCGUUUCUCCAGCCACUGAGUGCUGCACGCCAGCCAUGCUCUUCCCCGGCAACGCCUCUCUUAGGGUGGCAGAGUAUCUGGACGGCUCGUUCUGCAUCAAGGGAAACGCCAAAGACAUGGUUCUGUAUCAGAUGGCCAGGACAAUCCCAGAGGAAAGGUCUCAUAGCGUGGAACCCAACCUCAUCACCCAUAUCGGAGCCUAUUCCUCAGUCAGACCAAACCCAUCCAGGCCUCGACUCCUCUGACAGGAAGGAACCAGAAGGAGGUCAAUGCAAGGCUGGAUUUAAUCAGGUUCCUCCUCACUUGGUUCAAUGUUUUUUUGUAUUGUUUUUUUCCCGCCUUGUCACCUUCUGGACUCUUUCAAUCACAGCAAGUGUUGGUUUGGUCAUUUGCGAGUGAAAAGUUGUCAAGGCAACAAGGUGAAAAACAGGCCAUGAUUGGUUGAAAAGUAUUUUUAGAUACGAAGAUUCAACUAAACUUUGUCUCAACAGCAUUUCAAAGACUAAAUAUCAGUGUGUAGUGGGUCUUAAGUUUCCUUGUGGAGUUUUUGACCUCUAGUAGCUACUUUGAUCUUGUGCACAUAUACAGGUGACGCAGUAUACAUUCCUAGUUUCAAGCUAUUCCACUGAUUUAUAGGUGGCUGUAAUGUACCAAGAAACGCAGCAAUGUGCCAACAAAAGCAAGACAGAAAAAGACUGCUAGCAAGCAAACAUGGAUUUAAAAAAUGCAGGAUUCAAACUCCUACAAAAAAUGGUUUUGUUUUUAUUAGGAAAGGAAUGCACUCAACAUUUUUGUUAGACCUCAAGGAUAAAGUUUGUUUCCAGGAAAACUUCACAGGGCACCUUUUAAUGAUGAUUAUGAUUGAACUGAAGUGCAGUUGAGACAGUUUUAUGUGACCUGGAAAGUAAAAAAAAAAAAAAAGUGUCACUUCUCAACCAGUUUCACUGUGGUUUUGGACAGAACUUGGAGCCCUUUGCAUCUUUUCACCAGUAAAUCACCAGAUCCCCUCUCACUGAGCUGUGAUUUCAGUUUAGGACCAGCCAUCAUAUCAUCACUGCUGGAAAACGUAUUUAAUCAACUUAGAUGACUUUCGUGUUUUCUACUCUUCUGGAGGAUCAUGUGCUUCUUUACUGUUGGGUUAAUCUACUGCCUGGGCUCACGCUACUUCCUAGAAACCCAUCAGAUGCUGUCAAAAUCCAACAUCAUCAUCCACCUGAAAACAAGGCUAUUAAACUUUUUUUUACUCAACAAUAUGUUGCUUGGAAAAUGGUAAGAUCAUUAAAGGAUUUGUUCACUGUUUAUACACAAAGACCUUAUUAAAACAAGGUUUGAGGUUCAGUAGUACCAAAUGUCUCCCACACAGAUUAUCUUUAGCAAACACUGGUUUGCAAAAAGGUCAUAAACCAGACUUCAGCUAAAAGUUUAAUUUGAGAUACUGUGGAAUUAAAGUGAGGCAUGAGGAGAGAUAGAAGGUUUGAUAAGAAAAUCCAUUAGCUAAACUAAAAGCUCACAGUUCAGAGAUCUUCAUCUUCUCAGGUUGCAAAGCAGCCUUUGCCUUUAUUUCUUUUGCCUACAUUUGUGGAAUUUGCAUAAAGGUUGAACAACAGUGAACACAUCCUUAAAGGGACGAAUUCGAAGAGGCAGAUUAUGACCGUGUCUUAUUUUGGUUUCUGAUUUUGGCCUUUUUUCUUUUUUUGACAAUCAUGUUUUUGUACUUUCAUUAUGUUAACAGAGAAUUGUGAAAUAAUAAUGAUAUCACCCAUCUCUGCAGUACAGUGUGCUACCAUAGAGUUUAGUAGAGCAAUAUUAUGCAGUUACAGUGCUGCUGUUGGAGUUUUGACUACCACAGCAGAAACACUGUCAGUCAGUCUAAAUGUUAUCUACAGACCAAACCUCCACACUGACACAUGAAGCGUUUAUAUCAUAUCAACCUUUAAGAGAACAGUCUGACAUUGAAGGUAAAUUAACCAAACCCCGCCUCCCUUUUAGUUUCUGUUGCUACACUUCAGUUUGUCCAUUCUUGCAAAGCAAAUAUACAGUUUACAAUAAAAGUGGCAGAUUUAGUGUUGAAAUUCACAGUUAUUUUUCAAACAACGCCUCCUUGAUUUCUGAAAAAAGUAGACAAAAACAGAUUCUCAUUUCUAGCCGUCAGUUGCACUGAAACAACAACUGUCGCUAGCAGAUUCUUUCAGCUGUCGCUAGCUAGCUAAUUAAACGAACAUUAGCUCCAUAAGUUGGUUGUUAACUGUCACUGGCUGAUUUGUUUUAACACAAGAACCCUGUAAAAGGGUUUUAAAGAUGCAUUUGAUGGCUACAUACAUGAUAUCAUGCUGGCAAACUGAGGCUAAAGCUAACAGGUUUCCAGGUAAAAAGUCAUCACCAACUGAUGACACGUGGAAGACAUGGAAAUAAAAAAUUGUGUAGUAAGUCUUAGUAUUAUAAGGAGCAUAAUAACAAAGUAAAGUCAGACUUAUUUCAUUAUAAGAUAACCAUGUUUUGCUGCUUAGCUUACAUACUUUUUCAUAUUUUCAAACAGUUUUUCACUUUAACAUUACAACAGAAAAGGCUUUUAGCAUGAGGACUAACUGGUAUGUUUGGCCAAUGUCAAAUUAUCUCAGGUAACGUUGGCUGCAGUUACUGGAGUGUUAACUUCCCAAAAUCCAGUAAAGAUCAAGACAGACGUUAGCAGUCUUUAACGUUAGCUUAAACUCUGAUAGCAUCCCGGCUCCACACAGGGGAUGCUCCCAUCCUGAACAGGGCGUAACGUAGCCUGAAACCCCACAAACGGAUGUAGUGAGCUAAUGAAAUGCUGUUUGACUUUGGAAAUCAUGCAAGGUUAACACUGUAAAUAGUAAGCUAGUUAGCUGGACAUGCUAACAGUUGAUGGGGGGGCGUAAAAGAUGCAGGACUCUGACAGCAGAGACCCGGGUUCACAUCCUGAGCCCUGUGUGUGUUCAGGUUUGGUUCAGGUUCGUGAGAGAUUGUUUGAAGUUGGAUUAUUUUCUCUUCAGAUGGAGCUAGGCCAGCAGUUUCCCCUUGCUUCCAGUCUUUGUGCUUAGCUAGGCUAAACACGUCCUGGAUCUGUCUCUUUAAGAUGAAACUGAAACAUCUGAGAGGAUUUACUGAAAUGUCAGACUGUUCAUUCAACAUCAACCACUCUCUAUCACUGAUUGUGCCUUUUAAUGUUUUUGACUUUGAACAUUAAUAGAAAUUUCACUCCAUAAAAUAAUUUAACCAAUAUUUUAUUUCUGGGUGAAAUGACUCUUAAGACAAGUUGCAAUAUUUAAGUUAUUUUUAACGUGUACAAAAAGGUUCCUGAAUGCCUUCUAAAAAAUUAUUUGGAUCAUAUGAAUUACAGAAAGUAGCUGCUAAAGUAGAACCACCAGGCUCCAGUCUGCUACUGGUUCUCGUUAUCCUGGAGAUAAAUAUCACAGUAAAGUCAGGUUGAGUUUUACAGAUCAGAUGUUUUCCAGCCUGCUGGGAGUACUGGGAGAUUCUGGAGCUCAAAUUGGUUCCUGUUAUCAGCUCUAAACCAAAAAUUGAAUAGUUUGUUUCUAAAAAUCAGAUUAACAUCAAUAUAAUUUAAAUGAUUGGCUGCAUAAAGAGCAACACGAGUAAUGGCGCCGUUUAAAAUAAGUGUUCAAAGAACGAACUUUUAAUUUUUAUUAAAGACUGCUAAUAUGAUGUUUCUGAGGAAUUAAAUACAAUUUUUUUUUAAAAAACAAACAUUAAAUUUAUUUAAUCGACACGUUUUAAAGGAAUAGUUCAACAUUUUGUGAACAUUUGCUUUCAUGCUGAGUCAGAAGACUGAUAUCAGUUGUAAAUAUGAAGCUGCAGCCACUUUGCUUUUUGUAUGAAUUUAACAAAACAAGAUAUAACGUGUUCUUUACUGAGAACAAACAUAUUUCACAAAGUGGUCAACUUUUAAAGGAAACAUAUCAGAUGUUCAGUCAUCGAUCAUUUUGAUUUGAUUUUUUUAUUAUUCAUGUAGCAAAUUUGCCUCAAAGUGCUUUAAAAUCUGAACAUUGUUGUACAUAAACUGUGUAUAUUUUUCUUACAGGCUUUCAUAUUGUUUUGGUUUUGAGUGAAUGUUUAACAUCCAUCUCACGCUGGCAUCAGAUCCAUUUUAAAACGUAUUAAUAGAACAUCUUCACUAAAAUAUGUGAAAACUGAAUCAGCUACUUCAGAUUGAACUUUGGCAGCUCAAAAAAUAUUGUAAACAUGAUUUAUUACCGCUGACCUGGUCUCUGACUUCAUCAUUAAAAUGUACUUUAUUAAAAAUAUACAGUAAAUUUCCAUAUUUACUCAUUUUAUAAGUAAAUAUGGAAAUAUAAAUUAACAGAAUCUGACAGUUUUGAUUUAAAAACAUACAAAAUGUUUAAAAUAACAAAAUAAUCUGACCUGAAGUUUUU